ACCACUCUUUAGGCUGAACGCUAAAGACCUUAUUUCUCGUUGAGCUCUCGGUGUAAUCAAAAUCUGGCCUCCAACAGCUCUUAACUGUUGGGAAUGCGAUCGCUCCCUAUUAUUGGGACCGUUGUUGCUCGUUGCAACGGCACGCGCCGGAAACCUUCAUGGGUGACGGAAUGAGGCGACUAUCACGUGCUCAUCGUUGCAGGAUUGGUUGUUUCGAACCUGGACUCCGUGUACGAAUGGUUGGCAUUUCCUCACUGAAAGACAUUGAUGGCGCAGUCGUCUUGAAUAGUGACAAGCACCUGGAUCCGCACUGGCGGCGCCAAGAACCCCGGAUGGCAUGAUUGAAGAGAAUGGAAUGAGCCGGAUGACUACAAUCACACCAAUGUGCGGUCAGCGAGAAAAAACG